AUGUCUGCUGCAGGAAGAUUCAAGCUCAACUCGCUAAGACAGUUCUUGCGACCCGAUGACAACAAUAUUGCUGAACAGAGCCGCGAAAGUACAGUGUUGGAGAGGACCGACGACAAGAAUGUCGCGACGCACGCGCACGAUCCCGUCGGUAGUAGCAAUGGGAGCGACGAAGGUCAACCCGAGCUUCCUGCCCAAGAUGCUCAGGAAGGCGUGAGAAGAGUCGAAGCAAUCACGCUGGCAUGGACCAAGACAUCCCUCAUCAUCACCUACAUAUGCUUCUAUCUGCUGUACUUCGUCAACGCCUUUCAGUUUUCCAUCACCGCCAAUCUAACACCAUACGUGACCAGUGGAUUCGAAUACCACUCGCUCAUCCCAGUCAUUUACAUCGUCUCAAGUGUGAUGACGGGGGCUGCCUAUCUGCCGAUUGCCAAAAUGUUAGAUAUUUGGGGUCGGCCAGAGGCGUUCCUGUUCAUGGUCGGCCUAGGCACACUGGGCCUCGUCCUGCAAGCCGCCUGUACAAACAUUCAGACAUUCUGCGCGGCCCAGGUCUUUACUAGCAUCGGAUUCACCGGCAUGAUCUACUCGGUGGAUGUCAUGACAGCGGACACCAGCAAGUUGAAGAAUCGGGGCCUCGCUUUCGCAUUCACCUCUUCUCCAUACAUGGUCACCGCGUUUGCCGGCCCCAGUGCCUCAGAGGGCUUCUACGAAGACAUCAACUGGCGUUGGGCAUUUGGGACCUUUGCCAUCAUCACCCCCUUUGUGGCUGCCCCGUUGUACUUUGUCAUGCAGUAUAACUUGCGGAAAGCGAAGAAGCAGGGAUUGUUGGACAGGCCCAAGAGCGGUCGAACCUUGUGUCAGAGCAUCUGGUUCUACAUGAUUGAAUUUGACGGUAAGCGACUUUACCAAAAACCUUCCCUGGGAAGAAAGAAACCUGACGUGUCCACCCACAAUCCUACAGCUUUUGGUGUCAUUCUCCUCGCCACCGGGCUGGUUCUCUUCCUCCUGCCCUUUUCCCUCGCUCAAUCGACAGCGGAUGACUGGGAAUCCGGCUCCAUCAUCGCGAUGCUGGUCGUGGGCUUCGUGCUGCUGCUUGCAUUCGCCGUCUUCGAGCGAUACCUCGCUCCGAAGCCUUUCAUUCCCUACCAACUUCUCGUCUCGCGAACCAUUCUCGGCGCUCUACUCCUCGACGCCGUGUACCAGAUCGCGUAUUACUGCUGGGGCAGCUACUUCAGCUCUUUCCUACAGGUCGUCAACAACCUGACGAUCGCGCAAGCGGGCUACGUGAGCAGUACCUUCGACAUCAUCUCUGGCCUGUGGUUGCUCUUCGUGGGCUUUCUCAUGCGCGUCACGGGCCGCUUCAAGUGGCUUUUGCUGUGUGCCGUCCCGCUGUACAUGCUCGGCGUGGGCUUGAUGAUCCACUUCCGCCGCCCGCACACCAACAUCGGAUAUAUCAUCAUGUGUCAGAUCUUCAUCGCCUUCGCGGGUAGCACCAUGAUCCUGUGCCAACAAGUCGCCGUCAUGGCGGCCGCGGAGCACGGCCAGAUCGCCGCCGUGCUGGCCAUGCUCGGCCUUUUCGGGUACAUGGGCGGCGCCGUCGGGAACAGCAUCUGCGGCGCCAUCUGGACGCACUCCCUGCCCGGUGCGCUCCAAAGACUCCUACCCGAAAACCUCAAGCCCGAGUGGGAGACCAUCUACGGCGACUUGACCGUGCAACUGAGCUAUCCGAUGGGCAGUCCCGCGCGCGAGGCCAUCAUGGAGGCAUAUGGAAUCGCGCAACGCAGGAUGUUGAUCGCCGGUACCAGUGUCAUGGGCCUGGCUCUCUUCUUCGUCCUGAUGAUCCGCAACAUCGACAUCUCCAAGAACGCACAGGUCAAGGGUGUCGUGUUCUAG